AUGGCGACCAUUUUUGAGUCGGGUAGGAGAACUCACUGGCAUUAAGGGAACGCAGGAAACUAAGGUGGUCUCCGAGGGCGUUUGUGGGGUGUGUACCCUCGGCCCACCUCCCGCUCACACAGGGGCUCACGGAUAGCCAAGCCCGUAUCCCUAGGGGGGCCCUGGGAGGAUGGCGCCAAGCGUACGGGGACUGAAGCUCGGCCGCCGAUACAAACUGUUAGCCGGAGCCGCGCUGGUACUGCUGCUCAUACAGGGCCUGGCGGUGUGGAGCUUCAGCGGGCUGGAGGGGGACGGGAAGGAGAAUUCCCUGCCAAGGGUAAAUAGAAGCCCAGAUAAUGGAGAAGUUGCCAAGGACUCAGACAGUUCUGCAGGGAGUAGGUCGCAGAGAUGGACGGUAAGACCAGAAAGAAGGAGCAGCGAUGGGAGCAAGAUAACAAGAAAGGCCACGGUAACCCGCAAACAGAGGCCGCCGGCCCACGUCUUCCAUGGGAAUUGGCACAAUCUCACCCGAGAGGGGGACACGGGCAGUGUGGAGGGGGCACCUCACCAAUCAGACCGUGGCUUCACUCCGAAGUGUGAGAUCACAGGAAAGGAUGCCCUCUCCGCUCUCGCCAGAGCUAGAACCCACCAGUGCCAGCAGGAGAUCGCUAAUGUGGUGUGCCUUCACCAGGCGGGAGAGCUUAUGCCAAGAAAUGUCCAACGGCAGUGCCAAACCACAGGAAAGGUUAACACAGGCUUAACAUGGGAGGAGUCAGAUGCGGUUGCUCCACCCCCUGAAAAGCCUUUACGUGUGUUGUAUAUGCUGGUCGUGCACGGCAGAGCUAUACGGCAAUUGAAACGUCUCAUCAAGGCCAUUUACCAUCAAGAUCACUUCUACUACAUCCACGUGGAUCAGCGAUCCAACUACCUUCACCGGGAAGUGGUCCGCCUGGCGCAGUCAUAUGAGAAUAUGCGAGUCACCCCAUGGCGCAUGGUGACCAUAUGGGGAGGAGCCAGCCUUCUGACCAUGUAUCUACGCAGCAUGAAGGACCUGCUGGAGGUGCCCGACUGGCCUUGGGACUUCUUUAUCAACUUGAGUGCCACCGACUACCCUACAAGGACCAAUGAGGAGCUGGUCCUUUUCCUGUCCAAACACCGACACAAGAACUUCCUCAAGUCCCACGGGCGUGACAAUGCUCGUUUUAUAAAGAAACAGGGCCUGGACCGCCUUUUUCACGAAUGCGACUCCCACAUGUGGCGCCUUGGAGAGCGGCAGAUCCCGGAGGGAAUCGUGGUGGAUGGAGGCUCGGACUGGUUCGCCCUGACACGAAACUUUGUGGAAUACGUCACCUACACAAAAGAUAUCUUGGUCUCCGAACUGCAACGCUUUUACAAGUACACCCUUCUGCCUGCUGAGUCCUUCUUCCACACGGUCUUGGAAAACAGUAAAGCCUGUGACUCUCUGGUGGAUAACAACCUGCGAGUGACCAACUGGAACAGGAAGCUGGGCUGCCGCUGUCAGUAUAAGCACAUCGUGGACUGGUGCGGCUGUUCUCCCAACGACUUCAAACCGCAGGAUGUGGUGCGCCUUCAGCAGCUCUCCCGGCCUACGUUCUUUGCCCGGAAGUUUGAGUCGUCAGUGAAUCAGGAGGUAUUGGAUAUUUUGGAUGCUCAUCUGUUUGGGGAGCUCCCGUCAGAGACUCCUGGAAUAAAGGGGUACUGGGAAAGCGUCUACGACAGCAUUGAUGGGCUUGGGGGGUUAAGUGAUGUCACUAUGACUGUGUACGCUGCGUUCACCCGUCUGGCGCUCCAUGAACUACAGGGUUCCAAGAAGGAGACAAGGCAGCCAUCUUGCUGGUUUACUGCUUCCGGGUUGCCAUCCAGUGUCGAGCUGUAUUUUUACGACGACCAUUUCCAAGGUUACCUUGUGAAGCAGGAGGUGCAGAGUGGGGAAACGCUGGAGAUCUGGAUGAUGCCACAGGGCAGCCUGAAACUGUCAGAACAGGGCGAGGCUAUAGGCCGCAUACAGGGUCUUGAAGUGGGCACAGAGUGGGACCCUAAAGAGAGGAUCUUCCGUAAUUUUGGAGGCCUGAUCGGACCCUUCGAUGAGCCGGUGGCGGUACAAAAGUGGUCCCGUGGGCUCAAUCUGACAGUAACAGUUGUUUGGAUUGAUCCCACAUACAUUAUCGCCGCCUCUUAUGACAUCAUUGUGGAUAUGGAUGCCGAUUUCACACAGUACAAGCCUCCGCUGGCUCGCCCUUUGCGUCCUGGCUAUUGGACUGUUCGGCUCUUGCGCUUCUGGGAAUUAUUGGCUGAGGUUCGCUUCCUAGUGGUACCGCUGACCGUGAGAAACAAGGAGCCGCUGCGGAAAGGGGAUAGAUGGUUGCACGCAGGACCCCCAAAAGGGCAGUAUAUGGAGCAAAAUUUCCAAGCUCUCGGCGGGAUUUUGAACUUGCCCCCCCGAGUGGAGGCAGAACGAGAGGCUAAGGGCAAAUCGGAGCUCCUCGGCAAAGAGCUAGAAGCGUGGACAGAUGAAAGCUUAAGGAGCUUUUGGUCAGUCGGGGGCGUAUGCACCAAGGAUGCUUCCAAGUCCUGCCCCUCUCUUCCCGUAUGCUCCGCCACACGCUGGAGCUCCAUGUCCCCCGAUCCAAAGUCAGAGCUGGGCCCUGUCACACACGAUGGCCGCGUGAGGUAACACUUUCUGCAGGCAGAGAGCACGGACUUGGACAGAUGGCGCCACUUAGACUGAUGGGACACGGAGCCACUCAUAUCAUGGCACACAAUCACCUGGCCAGUCAGCUCCUUGUUUGUCUGCCCCGCUGGGAGUUGCUAGAAUGUAAUAAUCUACUCUCCAGAGAACAAGAUGGAAGCCUUACUCUGCCUCAUAGCCACGCCCAGCGCCGACGUUGUACCCCAAAUGCACACAAUUCUGUUACGUGUGGUCCCCUCUGUCUUUCCAUUUCAUCCCCGUUUGCCAAACGUGUUUUUAACGGUAGGGACGUUUCCGCUGCUACAAGAACAAACAACCAAAUACUACAUGGGGGUGUGGUUUGUAUGGUGUGGGGCUCGUCGUCGUUAAAGGAGCCCCGACUUAAAUUACCCUGGUGGGGCUGGUUCCCCCCCAGGGAGUGAUCCGUUUGACCUCUGUUAUUUCAUAUUCGAUUGUGUAACCACUUGUGGCCCACUAUUACGACGCUUCCGGUGAAGUAAGAGAUCACUGUGGAUUCAAAUGCUGAAAUCACAACCACUAUGGCAACACCACUGUGGUUUUGUGCAGUUGCUUCCCCAGCACAGGCUGGUUCCAGACUCUCACAAAGGGAUUAAGCUACUUUGUUUACUGGGGAGGUCCGCUGCUAGGGCGAAUGGUACGGGACAUACAAGAACCAAAUGUAGCCUGUGUAUUGCAGCCUCCUGUGUGCCAGGCAGCUGGGAAGCACAGGGCACAAUGAUGCACUUUAAGUUUAUUUUGUUUCCUUGAGUGACAUUGGUCUUAAUAAAUGGGUUAUUGUAACCACUAAA